GCGCCCCAGCCCCCUCGCUCCGUCGCUCGUCAUCCUCCUCGUGCGAGCGCCUCCACCGCAGGUAUCUAUCUCCCCUUCAAUUCUCUCGUUCCCGACCGUUUCUCCUCCCAUCACCCCACGAACAGAGCCCGCCCUUUAGCUUCCCGCUGCAUCUCCUUAAUCUUCCCCAAUUCGUAACUGAGGCAAAAAUCAAGGUAGGGCGGCCCGCCCUACCUUUCCCUACCGGGUCCUCCGCCCUUGAGCGUCGUGGCCGACGUGUCGAUCUAACGCCCGUAGCCACCAUCGCCGUUCCCAUUCCUCUUGUUGUGACAUACGGCGUUCCUGCUGUCUCCAGCCCCUCCGCAGUCGACUUUGGGUUUUGAGAACACAGAGUGACUGUUGGAUGGUAUGUAGUUAAAUAGGAGAACAUCAUCACAUGCCAUGUCUCGGUCACCACACCUCCCGCCCCGCUGCCCGCAGCUGGGUCCUCAAAUCACAAGGAGAGAUGACAGCUUGUUCACACAGAGCUGCAGGUUCCCAUCAGAUGAUCCGUUCUUUGGUGAACCACCAUGUUGGCUUGAUGAUCUCCUCGCAGAUUCUGGCAAAACUCCGAACCUUCCGCCUCUUAGGAGAGCUUGUAGUGAUUCCGAUGCUAUCUUGGAUGCACUGACAAUAUUCAAGCUCCCAAUUUUUCCAAGUGAGGAGGGGGAUGUGCAACCAGCAAGCGAAAGUGGGGAUUCAUUUGAUGCUGUUGCAGGGGGUGAAAGUGGUUCUGCCGUUGAAGGUAGCUGUGUUUAUGGGCCAAAUUCGCCAAGACAGAAGAGCAGGCUCACCAGUUCAGAGAGUUCCAUGGUAAAUGCUGUCCUGGAGAAUGUCCCUAACAACCCCCUGCAGUACCUGACCAUUGACCCUUCAAGUACUCUGCAUGGCAAUGUGGCCAAUGGAACAGGAGAUGCAUACGAUGAUGUAAACCAUCUUGAUCAAGACAAAUCAUUUAAAAGGCGCUCAGGGCAAAGAUCUAGGGUCAGGAAACUUCAAUACAUUGCUGAUCUUGAAAGAACUGUUGACUCACUUCAGAACAUGGGGGCUGAUUUGGCUCUAAGAGUAGCAUCUCAUUUCCAGCUUCGUAAUGCUCUAUCAAUGGAAAACAAGCAACUGAGGAUACAGAUUGCUAGUCUUCAGCAAGCAAAGCUAGUUAAGGAUGGUCAAACACUAUUCUUGAAGAAGGAAACCGAGAGGUUGAAGCAGAUUUCUGCGGGUCACCGCAGGAGCAGGAGUGUCACUUCUUGCUUUGACACCGACUCUUUUGGAGCAGACCCAUCAGCAAUCAACUGGCAGAUGCUUGACAUGUCAAAGCUGAGCUUAAACGGCAGCCCUGUUCCUGUGCCCCCGAGAGGUGGCUAUGGCCUGUAACACCUGCCUGCCAUGAUACCAGUAAGAAGAAAGAUCGCGGCAGUAUCCUCGGAGGUGUUAUUGCUUCACUAACCUGACCAACCAUAGAUUCAAGGUUGUUAUCCUUCAGUAGGACAGAGUAGAGAGUAUCAGCCAUUAUCACAGAAAAUAUAAAGAGGUUGUCGACUAAGUUUAUCUUCUCUAGGAAUUGUGCAAUGCUCUAAACAUAGAUGAGACAUUACCAUUCUCGAUCUUCAAAUCAGUGCGGUGCUUUGGUCGCCGUUGAUGCAUUGUGCCAUGGUCACUCUCUGAAUAUUUCUCCUCCCAAGUUGAUGUGUGGGGACCCACUCUUUGGGCAUCUCCAACGAUACACAUCUGCUACUAAAACCAUGCCAUAUAAGCUUUUUCAUGAUAUGGAGAGAAAAGUUAAAUGAAAGUAAGAGCCCAAACAGUUUCUUGUAUA